AAUUUACCUAAAUUUAUUUGAAUUUUGUAUUAAUUUGGAAAUAUAAGUGACUCGAGAAUACCUGGAAAUAAAAAGGUAAAACAAAACAACAAUAAUUGUUGAUGAAAAUACGAAAAAGGAAAAUGUGCCUUACCAAAGGCUUGAGGAAAAUAUAUUGAUGGCUAAAGAGGUUUUAAUAGACCAUUUGGAGAAUAUUAAUGAAAUUAGUAAUUUUAAAUUACUGAUUGAUCUUUUAUUAGAUGGAUCAAAUUGGAAAACUAUGAAUUAUGUAACUCGUGUAUCUUACUAUUAUAAAUUCCAUCCCAAUCCCCAUUACCUUAUAAGCGGUAGUCUGAACCGCGAACGGUUAAUUUGAAUUAACCGGGCUCAAUAUGAGGCGCUGUUGAAGCUUAAAUAUCAUGUGAUUGGUUAUUCUUUUGUUGUUUCUCUUUGGAGGCAAAUCUUUCUUUCUCUUGGCACUUAGCAUGUUCUUCCCGCUCUUGUCUCUCUCAUUUUCCUUUUAAAGUAUUAAAGAUCUUGGACCGAUGGAAUAAUCAGUUUUUUCUUAUUCUUCUUCUUUUGUGUAAUUGUUUCUUGCUUAAGUAAUUUUGUUUUGUCUAUUUGUGUUAAUAUUUUUCUCUAUUCUCAAAAAUGUCAUCAAUAAAAAAGAAAUCGGAAGUAAAAGUGACACCUAAAUGUCGAACAAUUGACAGCUACUUUACUAAAAAGAAGAAAAUUGUCACCGUGGCCAAACCGAAGAAUCUUAAUCAACUUUUCAAUAGUGUUGCCAGAAUUGAGGAAGGACCUUUAAAGGGAUUACCAACCACUUUACUAGACAAAAUUAAGAGUAAAAAAAUUGACGAUGAUGAUGAAAGUCAAAAAGUGAAAAUGUUGGAAAAAUUACCUGAGAUGGUUAAGAUUGUUCAUUGUUUCUUCCUAACUAAUCCAAAGCCUGUAAAAAUGAGUGUUUUAAUUGAAAAAUGUAUCUCUUCCUAUUAUACAUACAUCUCAAUUCCUGAAACUGAGAAACAAAUUAGAUAUAUUUGUGAAAUAUUUCCCGAUUGGUUUACAAUUAUCACUCUGAGGAAAAUUAUUUAUGUCAAAUUACUGGAUAAAAGUAAAACCAUCAACUCAAUGAUUGAAAAGAUCAAGAAUCUCCAAAAUUCUAAACAAAAAUGAUCAAAUUAAUCAUCAAAUCAAUUAAUAUUUAUACAAACAAACAAAAAGAAAAUGACUUAUACACUUAAUGACGACAACAAUAAAUAUAUUAUUUUCUCAAUUAAA